AGUGGUUUGUUAUAGCAACAAGAUGGCGGCCGGCAAGAGCUUGCCGGUGAUUUCUUCCUGUUUUACGAAACUCAUUCCACCAACGACUCACAAGAAAUCCAUGCACUAAUAGCCUGCUUUUGCUAUGGGAUAAACAAGGUUUUUUCAUCAACCAACGAAGCUCAACGGUAGAUGGGAAACUGCAAGUCUGUGAGGUCAUCUGACUUUGAUGAGCAAGAUGACAAGUGGAAGCGUCAGACACGUGGCAAACAAGAGAACAAGCUGUAUUCAUUCGUGGAUUUAAAAGGAGAACAGAGUGAUGCUUUAUUGGUCGAGGCGUUCAAAAAAGGUGGACUGGAUGAGGUUAACCGACUUAUACGGGAGGAGGGCGUGUUUUUGCCAUACCUCUACAAUAACGGAAAGGGAAAAGUCGCAACAAAGGAGGAAUUUCUAUCGUGGAAACGUUCAAAUGGCGAGAUACAGGAGGAGAACGAAGAAGAACAGAAGAAAAUGGAUUACCCAGACCACCUUGCGUGCUGGUCACUCGAACACAGGGGUACACUUGGGGAGACUGCGCUUCACCUGUGCUUCCUCAAUAACAAGCCACUGCACAGAACGAUUGCGCAUGCGCUACUAGAGGAGUAUCCCACCAUGGCAAUGGACAAAUACGAAGGCGAUGAAUUCUAUGGCGAGACGUGCCUUCACAUCGCCAUUGUCAAUAACGACCUUGAGUCGGUCAAGCUGCUUGUCGAUGAAUACAACGCCGAUGUGCAUGCCGCAGCAAAAGGCGCCUUUUUCCUCCCUGAGGACAGCAAAAAGGAAAUCCUACGUGAAUCAAACUACGAAGGUUACGCGUACUAUGGAGAGUAUCCUGCAUCGUUCGCUGCCUGCUUUAACGAUAAAGACAUGUAUGACUUUCUGAUUCGCCGCAAUGCAGACCCCAACAAACAAGACUCGUUUGGAAACACGGUUCUGCAUAUGUGCGUUGUGCACAAUAACCUGGAAAUGUAUAAACACGCUCUUCACCGCAAACACAAAACCCGAGCUGACCCACACAUAGCAAACAAAGCCGGCUAUACCCCUCUAGCGCUGGCCGCCAGACUGGGAAGACAGGAAAUGUUUCAGCCAAUGAUGGAACAGACCUCCGUGCAAUUUUGGACAUUUGGGCCUGUGGUUUGCACGGCCUAUCCCUUGGAGGGUCUGGACUCCAUAUCCAAAUAUGGCAAGUCUGACGAUGACUCAGCGUUAAUGUUGACGCUUCAGGGGAAAACACGUGAGCACUUGGAAAUGCUUAACACGGGCAUCAUGUACCGGCUACUAGAGGAAAAAUGGAAUGCUUUUGCUAAGCGGAAAUUCUAUACACGCAUGCUCUUUGCGGUGCUGUACUUGAUUUGCUUCAGUUUGGCUAUCUACCUGAGACCACGUGACCCUAAUUAUAAAUGGAGCGUCGUCAGGUCAUCUGAUGUUUUUCGCCUGAUAAUGGAGGUUAUCACAGUGCUUGGCGCCAUUAUAUUCCUGAUACUAGAGAUAAAGGACGUCCUCAUUAGCCAAGGGCUCAAGGCCCAAAUACGAGCCGCGCGCGAGGCGCCUGGCAAGACUAUAUUCCUGUGCUCGUGUGUGCUUGUCAUCGUGGCGCUGCCCUUCAGGUACUGCGAGAUAAUUGUGGUCGAGACCCACCUGAUGAUCGUGGCCGCGCCCAUGGCCUGGUGCUACAUGCUCUUCUUCUGCAGAGGAUUUGCAGCAAUAGGUCCGUUUGUUGAUAUGGUCUACAAGAUGUGUGCUGGAGACAUGAGUCGCUUUGUCAUUAUCUUUACCAUAUUCCUGCUAGGACUAGCGCAAGCUUUCUCUCAUCUUAUGAAAGGCGUAGGAGAAAACUGGAAAAACGAAGGUGACACGAUUCUUAAUCUUCUGAGCUGGGCUUUUGGAGAUUUCGAUUAUAUAGAGCUGGAGAAAAGUCAUAACCCCACACUCGCCAAGAUGCUCUUUUUUUACUUCAUGCUGUUCAUAACGGUUCUCCUCCUCAACAUGUUGAUUGCUAUGAUGGCAAGCACAUACCAAAACAUCGCUGACCACUCCGAAAAGGAAUGGAGAAAACAGUGGGCUGAGAUUAUCAUGGUGCUGGAGAGAACCGUCUCUCACGAGCAGCUAAUGCGUUACCAGGAUGAAUACUCUGUCAAUUUGGCGUCAGACCCAGGCGGGUCACGCUCGCGGGGCAUCAUGGUCAUUAGACUUGAUCCUACACGGAGUAGAGUCGACGCACGGAAAGCUGCUAAACAGAACUGGCAGAUCCUGGGUAAGCUAUCGAACAAGAAACAACUCAGCAAACAAGGGAUGGCUUGAUACGCCCCAGAACACUAACACGCAUUACCAUCGUGGCGUUUAUCAAACGACGUCGUAAAGAAAAAAACGUCGCAAUAGUGCGUUGCGACAAUCAUUGUAUGAAAUACACACUAUAACGUACUGACGCCGCGGCGGCCUGGUCCUAGUGACUGAUUGUGACGUCAUAAGCUGACAAGGCCGAACCCUCAUGACUUUUGAAAUAGCAUCAUUUACAUGUCUUUUUUUUUCUUUUGAUCACUUUGGGUCAAUGGAAGCCCAUUUUUACCAUGAUAUUCUGUUUAAUAAAAUUUUAACAUAA